AUGAUUUUUGGAAAAAAAGAAGUUUUUAUGAGAUUGGUUUUGACUGUUGCUAUUAGUAUUUGUUCAAUUAUUGGCGAUCAAGGUUUAAAGAAUGGAAAGAGUACUGUGUCACGCGCGAUAUUUGAUAAUAUUACUCAUGCAAUCGUCGGUGGCCUUACUUGGGCAGUUAUUUUAAACUUGUCAAAAAAGUCUCUCACACAAUACUUUCCGAGUAUUGUUUGUUGCUUUCUUUUGUCGUCUUUUAUUGACGUAGAUCAUUUCAUAGCAGCGUGGAGCUGGAAGAUAAAUGAUGCUACACACUUGGAAAAAAGACCAUUUUUGCACUGUACUACGGUUCCUAUAGUGCUCUGGUUUUUAAUGAAUUUUUACUCAAAUGUAUUUAAUUAUCCAAAACUCAGUUAUUACUCUUGGAUAGUUCUGGCAAGUUUUUUAAGCCAUCACAUACGUGAUGGCACACGGAGAGGUUUAUGGUUCUGUCCUAUAGGUUCAACACAACCUAUUCCUUAUUAUCUGUAUUUAAGUAUGAGUAUGAUGCUUCCACACAUUUUGCAAUGGCUGAUGAUACCGCUUGAGUAUGAAUCCAAAACAUAUGAAAAUGUUACGUUCGUUGGUAUUGUGUAA